UCUUCAAUUGCACUUUCUUCCUUUCGCCAAACACAAUCUCUUAAAAGUACCACACGACCAAAACUUUCCAAUACAUUUUAGCUUAUUUAAGUUUCCAUCAAAUUAAUUGACCAGACGAGGAAAGCAUUGGUGUACCACACAAGGACCUACUUCCACCUAUUGACUUGGCCUCAAUAUAUCAUCCUAGCUCACGAGGUCACAAUUACUUCCCAUUCUACCGAUACUACAGCAGAAUUUAGAGAUGGCUUCAAAAUCAAUAGUUCUCCCACCUUUAGUUCCAUAUCCCAAACUAUCAUGGAGGUCAAAUAUGCUACCGGGAGAGUGGGAAGCUUGCUUAGAUGCCUGGAUAUCUCUGACUGAAGCACAUCUAUCAAUACCAUCUCCAGAUUUCGUACGAAUAUCAGCAAAAGAUGAAUCCCUACCGGACUUCCUGGCAUCCUACUUUGCCGAAACAGCUCUAUCACAUGACGAAAACUCGUUAGCCAAUCCCUCAAAGACCAAGCAACUUCGCAAGCAAGCAUAUCUUCUGUUCUAUAGGCUGGUUGGCGUUGACAAGUCACCUGAAUCGUUACUGCGAUGGGAAGUUCUCGCAGAUGUAUGUAAAGUUUAUGGGAAGGAGAAGGGCAACAAAGUCACAACAUUGGUAUGGAGCAAGCACUCUUCAGUAAUCGAGGGCUCGCUGGGCAGUCUCAAGAGCUUGUUGACAGAAGAACUGGAUGCUGGGAUUAAGGGAGAUCUCAAAGGUUCGGAAAUACAACUGAGACGAUUAAAUCAACUGUUACACGCUUCUCCUGAAGCAGCUUCGUUCUUCAUGGCUGGGGAUGAUUUCGUGGAUGCUCUUAUAAGUUGUUACAAGCUCAUGAAUCCACCACUACGAAAGAUCAUCAUCUCUACUAUCUAUCUCUGUAUUAUUGGGCUUACAGAAAGCCCCAAACCAAGAUUUUCAUCACUAGUCGACCGACUUUAUUCCUUGAGUGCUGCGGCUGAAGCACAUAAGAAAGGUCCAACUAAUGUGAAUGACUCGUUGGUUGCAGAGUUGGUCACAGUAACACCUGUGUUGAAGCAACUUCAACAAAGAAUCGAUGCUAGUGGCUCGGGGUCGAGCAGAGCAAAGUCUGUGAUUGCUACUUUACAAGGCUUUCGUAAACCUGGGGGUAGCGGCAGGCCUGUACGCCUUUUCAAGAAGAAACCUAACAAAGGCAAGGGAUUGGUCGACACUGAUGAUCAUGAAAAUAGUAGUGUACACGUUCAUCAGAUGAGUCUCAUAUCACAAGUUCAGGAUUUGUUCCCAGAUCUUGGAUCAGGCUUUAUUGUGAAAUUACUUGAAGAAUAUAAUGAUAAUACGGAGGAAGUCAUAUCUCAUCUUCUGGACGGAUCCCUUCCACCAAGUUUAAAUAAUGCUGAUCGACAUGAGGAUUUCGAACUACCCAACGAACCAUCUUCAAGUCACAACGACCUAGUACCUCAUUCAACUCCCCCGCAACUUCCUACUCGCCGCAAUAUCUUUGAUGAUGACGAACUUGACCAGCUCACGGUUGAUGCAUCUCGCCUGCAUUUCGGACGUCGCAACCCCGAUCAAACCGCCGAUGAUGUGCUCCAAGAUCGCUCCACCGCUCCCAAUAAAGCCGCAAUUCUCUCCGCACUUGCUGCUUUUGAUUCUGACGAUGAUGAAAGAGACGACACAUAUGAUGUAGCCGAUGUCGGCGGAACAGUUGAUUCUGCCAACCCCGAAGAAUCCAACCCUGACAACAACUCACAACAGAGUGCACAUGACGAAACUCUCUUCCGUGCCUACAAGUCGUCACCAAGCAUUUUUGCUAGGGAUGCAACCACUCGUAGAAGCAAAGAAAGAGCAGCUAUAAGACAAGAUACAGGCAUGACGGACGAAGCACUCGAGGGGUGGGCAGUCAUGCUUUCUCGUGACCCUAGGCAAAUGCGACGACUUGAAACUCGAUUCGCCACGUUCAAAGGAGAACAAACAAGUUUGGAGAGUACGUCGUGGAAAGCUGUUGAGGGAGAGGAAGAUGGGAAUGGAAAUGGCAAUAGGGGUAGAGGAGGCAAGAUUAGAGGACCGGGUAGAGGUGGGAGAGGUGGCGGAGGAAGAGGAAGAGGCAAUGGAAACGUGGCGGGUACGAGUGGUGAUAAGGAGACUGACGUCGCUAGACAGAGGAAAGAAGCGAAUAAGGGAUCGAGAGCUAACCAUAAUCGUAGGGAGGGGAGAGCGAGAAAAAUGGCUAGGGGAGGAUUUCCGGGGUAGUGGAAAAAACCUUCAAUUAUGGUAAGGUUGAAUCGAAGAAAGUGAAAAGCGUAGAUACCUUUAGAUUAAUCUCGAUACCAUCGACUUGUUAAUCAUCAUCCACAUACUUGCCAUGGUUCUAUAGCACGUGCCUUACUCAAAUAGGACGACUUUCGUAAUUCGGGGAAAGGUCAAGAUCUUGAACGAGGGGCGUGGAAGUGAAGCGAGACCGUGGAGGUUGAGGAUUGGGAGGCCGUGAGAGCGUAGUAGAUUAGGACAGGAUACGAAGUAUGAUGAUAAUGAAAUGUGUUUACGUAAAGUAUGAGUAGAAGAGCAAGAAGUAGUA